GCUUCCUCCUCCUCAACUCUCUCACACUUGUAUCCCAGUGCUCCAACUCAGCCGUCCCAUCCCACCGCCCUCCUCUCGAUCACCGUGGAGACCACCACCAUGUCGCAGAUGAACCCGCGGUCGCAAGAGAACUGGUGUGCACGGCAGAUCCGUCCUUGAGCGUCCUGCCUUCCCACCGCACUCCCUCCCUGGCUGAGGAAUAAGGAGGAGACCCCGAGGGGAUAUAUGUGUUUAAAGGGUCCUAAAUGAAUGGCCCGCAGCCCGCAACAAGGAUGUCCUCACUUCUCUCGGCCGACCAGGAUCAGACGCGCAGCACGACCCUGUUGGACUCAACAACUUUACCCCACGCGACUAGCAGGAGCCAGAGGCAAGAGAGACUCCAAAGGCUGGACUCAUUGGGGGUCCCCAGGCCGGACUCUGUGGGGGUCCCCAGGCCGGACUCGCUGGGGCCUGCCGUCUCCAGGGUCAGACCGGGGGCCUCGCCGGACCCGUACCUCUCCCCGCGGGAGAGCCGGCCCUCGGCCCGUAGGAGGGCCGAGGGGGACCUGGCGGGCCAGGACUUCAGGAAGUUGUACGAGGGGGCGGUGGCGGCCAACGGGAGGCUGCGGAGCCGGCUGGACACGAGCAGGGAGGAGCUGGCGUUGGUCCAGAGCCAGCUGGGGAGGGUCACGGGACAACAGCAGAGAAGGAGAGCGACCGAUCGAGCCGCCAACAUGUUGGAGAUGGAGAAGAAGGAAAAUCAAAGUUUAGAAAAGAAAAUAUCCGACAUGGAGGAGGAAUUAAAGGCCAAGACGGACCUCAGCACCGAGAACCAGAGACUGAAAGACGAGAACGGGGCCCUCAUCCGGGUCAUCAGCAAACUGUCCAAAUAACAGACAGCCACGCUCUACCGGCUCUACAUCCACACCAUGCAUUCAGCUGUGUGUGUGUGUGUGUGUGUGUGUGUGUGUGUGUGUGUGUGUGUGUGUGUGUGUGUGUGUGUGUGUGUGUGUGUGUGUGUGUGUGUGUGUGUGUGUGUGUGUGUGUGUGUGUGUGUGUGUGUGUGUGUGUGUGUGUGUGUGUGUGUGUGUGUGUGGCUGAUAGGCCGGAAGCACAAAGUAGCAGUAUUUCAUAUUGAGUCGUUGUUUAUGUUCACGUUCAUGUGUGUGUUGGUGGCCUAAGGGACGUGAGAUGGUCUUUAUUUAACAGUUCACUUCAAACGAGUCAAACGCAUCACGUAUUCACUCCCCACCCAAAGAAUAUCCACCGGCAUCCAACCUUGGAGGCUUUCGAUUGUUCUACAGGAAUAUUACCCUCAGAGUUUAUAUAUUGUUGUUAAUAAAAUGUUU